AUGUGUACCUACCACGGUAUUCUGGAAGAAUAUCCUCUCAUUUCGAUCGAUUCAUUUGAAAGUUAUAAUUAUACGAGUACACUGUUUUUUAUUACACAUAUUCAUUUGGAUCAUCUUGUUGGACUAGAACGACCGGAAUUCGGUCGAUAUGUCGCUAAAAUCAAUGCACCAAUCUAUAUGUCAGAUAUUUCGAAACAACUACUCAGUACGAUGCCAAUAUAUAAACACUUAAUACCCUAUUUCAAAUCAGUACCAAUUGAUCAACCGUUCACAUUAACAAUUCGAUCGAAUGAUCCUGUUCAAGCCAAGAAAAAAGAUGGCGCAGAUAGUGAAAGUCUAAAAAAUACUCUCGCAUUUCAUACACCGAAUGUUGGCGAAACCGUUGUGGUAACUUGUUUCGGUUCAGGACAUUGUCCCGGCUCGAUCAUGAUUUGGAUCGAGGGUGCACAUGGAAAUGUUCUAUUUACUGGUGAUUUUCGUCUUUAUCACGGUCAAAGUAAACGAUUAACUCAUCUACAUCGUCGACGCACUGAUAAUGACGAUAAUUAUAUUUUCAAACCUAUUGAUAAUCUUUACAUUGAUAUGACAUUCUUUCGUCCGGAAAUUUUACAUAUUCCAACUCGUGAAGUCAGCUGUGAAGCUCUCAUUGUUUGGAUAAGAUCAUGUUUGAAAGAAGAAUCUAAUGUUCAUUUCCAUUUCAAGCAAAGUGCUCGAGUCGGCUACGAACAAAUUUAUCUAGCAUUAUAUGAGAAUCUGAAUAUGCGUGUGCACGUUGAACAAAGUCAGUACGAAUUCUUUGCAUGUUUACCUAUUAUACAAGAUUGUUUAACAACUGACCCAACUGUCACACGUUUGCAUGCGUGUCGUUCAGCAGCAUCGAAUUAUACUGAGCCUUGCUCACUAUUUCGAACUUGCGACAAGCCUAUUCGAAUAUUUCUGUCAAUCAUGUGGUUCACUGAACAAGUUGCUGCGAGCGAACUAUUAGUCGAAUACCAUGAAUAUCAUUCGAAUUUCAACCAAAACUUGACAAAGCGUUGUCUUGGCUUCCAAGAUUACGAAUCAGCAACGAAUUACCCAGACAAAUAUCUCGGCUAUCGUCUAUGUUACUCAUUGCAUUCGUCAUUUUCUGAAAUUGUCGACGUUUUGAAAACGUUGACACCGAAACGAGUAACGCCAAUAGCUUCACCAUUGAUAAGCUUAAUGCCAACGAAGCGAUUAUUUCAAACGAUUGAUCAUUUGAUUCGAGAUAGAACGAAAGAACAAUCCAGAGGAGCGAUACCGAAGAAGAUUGCCAAUACACAAAUUCAACUCAAACAUCGUUACGAAUCGUUUGAAACGAAACUUGAACGAAAACGUCGAAGAAAACUGUUCAAAGAACAACAACAACGACGAGCGAAUGAUGAAGAAUUGGACCUAGGAUUAAAUGACGAAAUGGAAGAAAUUCUCUUGCAACGAAUCCAUUCUUUAAGUAGAUCACUUGCCGAACAAAACAAAGCGCUUCUGUCCCAACAAUCAUAUCAAUCCUUACCAUUGGAAAUUGAAUCGGAUCGGGUUACCAUCAUUACAUCUGAAGAAGAAAGUUCAUCAACAUCUGAUCACCAACCUAUGGAAUUAAUCUAUACAAAGAUUCAUCGUGAACGUACAACGUCCGAAGCAUCUACCGAUACCGUUGAUUACAAUUUUGAGAGAGAAACAUAUGUAGCAUUAAAAUUUGAUUCUCAACAAUCCUCAUCUUCAUUGCCAAUAGUAGACUAG